GAAGUAUGGCGCCACCAUGGCGUUACUACCGAUGAGGAAUACUACAAGAGCAAAAUCAACUAUUUACUGUCAAACACAGACGAAUUCCUAGUCUUUGGGCGCCCAUUAUCACCGAAAAUCGUUCACGUUGGUGGUAUUACGCUGCUGGGACCCACUCCAUUGUCAGAGGAAUUACGAAAAAUUGUGGAGCAGGCAAAAAUCGGUGUGGUGUAUAUUUCAUUCGGCUCUGUUGCACCAACGAAGGAGAUGCCCAAGUACUUUCGUAAAGCCAUAAUCGAAGUGGCAAAAAUUUUCAAAAACUACGACUUCAUAUGGAAACUCGAUGAGGGCGAUACGAUAGAAAGUGUUCCGAAUUUGCACACAUUCAGCUGGGUUGCUCAAGCAGCUCUUUUA